AUGCUGGUGCGGAUUGCUUGGAGGCGGGCGACUCUGGCCUUGAGUGCGGCUCCCGCGUCGAAGCCCGGGACGCCCUUCCGGGGGCUGUGCGCGCGCGUUGUAGAUCAUGGCCCCCAGGCGGCAGAUAGGGACACUCGCUCGACUCCCGAGGCGGAGUCAGUGCUACGACCGCUCUACAUGGAUGUGCAAGCCACAACUCCUCUGGACCCCCGGGUGCUUGAUGCCAUGCUCCCUUACUUAGUCAACUAUUAUGGGAACCCACACUCCCGGACACAUGCUUAUGGCUGGGAGAGUGAGGCAGCCAUGGAACAAGCUCGACAGCAAGUAGCAUCUCUGAUUGGGGCUGACCCUCGUGAGAUUAUUUUCACUAGUGGUGCUACUGAAUCCAACAACAUAGCGAUUAAGGGGGUGGCUAGGUUCUACAAGUCACGGAAAAAGCACUUGAUCACCACCCAGACUGAACACAAAUGUGUCUUGGACUCCUGUCGCUCACUGGAAGCUGAAGGCUUUCAGGUCACCUACCUACCAGUGCAGAAGAGUGGGAUCAUCGACUUAAAGGAACUAGAGGCUGCCAUCCGACCUGAUACCAGCCUGGUCUCAGUCAUGACUGUGAACAAUGAAAUUGGAGUGAAGCAGCCCAUUGCGGAAAUAGGGCAGGUUUGCAAUUCCAGAAAGGUAUAUUUCCACACUGAUGCAGCCCAGGCUGUUGGGAAAAUUCCACUUGACGUCAACAACAUGAAAAUUGACCUCAUGAGCAUCAGUGGUCACAAACUUUAUGGUCCAAAAGGAGUUGGUGCCAUCUAUAUUCGCCGCCGGCCCCGCGUGCGUGUGGAGGCAUUACAGAGUGGAGGAGGGCAAGAGCGGGGCAUGCGGUCUGGGACAGUGCCUACACCUUUGGUGGUGGGGCUGGGGGCUGCAUGUGAGGUGGCACAGCAAGAGAUGGAGUAUGACCAUAAGCGAAUUUCAAAGUUGGCAGAGCGCCUGAUAGAGAAGAUAAUGAAGAAUCUUCCAGAUGUAGUGAUGAAUGGGGACCCUGAGCACCAUUAUCCAGGCUGUAUCAACCUCUCCUUUGCAUACGUGGAAGGAGAGAGUCUGCUGAUGGCCCUCAAGGAUGUUGCCUUAUCCUCAGGGAGCGCCUGCACAUCUGCCUCCCUGGAGCCCUCUUAUGUUCUUAGAGCAAUUGGGACUGAUGAGGAUUUGGCUCAUUCUUCUAUCAGGUUUGGCAUUGGCCGCUUCACGACAGAGGAAGAAGUGGACUACACAGCAGAAAAGUGCAUACAGCAUGUGAAGCGUCUUCGAGAAAUGAGCCCUCUUUGGGAGAUGGUACAAGAUGGCAUUGAUCUUAAGAGCAUCAAGUGGACCCAACAUUAG